AUGGCAACAAUUAAUACAGAUGACAAUAAUCUAGAAACAUUUAGCCUACUGUGGCUAGAUGCUGCGAUUCAUACAAGCACAGAAAAUCAAGAAGCACAGAAACAACUUCGUGCUUGCAUCAACCAUGUCAUACCGUUCGAAGAUCCAAAUCUUUGUCAGCGACACAUUCAAACUACAUCGUCUCAAGAUCGACUGGUACUUAUUGUUAGUGGACGACUAGGUCGAGAAGUAGUGCCUGUUAUCCAUCAGAUCCGUCAGCUGUCUUCUGUCUAUGUCUAUUGUAUGGACCAAGAAGGUAACAAAAAAUGGGCGAAGGACUUUAAAAAAGUGAAAGCGGUCGCUGUUAAUCUAAAUGAUCUCAUAUUUCAAAUCAAAGCAGAUCAGAAAAAGCGCGUAAAAGAAGAAGAUCCCAUAGUUAUCAACAUUUUCACAGCUGGUGGCAACCUGGAUCAAUCGACAACUGGAGUCAAUGGCGGUGUUGUGCAUUCAUUAUUGCUUAUUGAUGUGCUACUUCGAAUGAAACCGAUGAAAGGAGAAAAACGAGAACUCAUUGAAUUCUGCAGAAAAAUCUACAAAGGUAAUGAGACGCAAUUAGCUAUUAUUGAUGAAUUCGAAGCUGAAUAUUCACCGAAAAGCGCAUUAUGGUGGUAUACUCGUGAAUCAUUCAUCUACAAAAUUCUCAAUAGAGCUCUACGCGUUCAGAACAUCGAUGUGAUAUUUCUUUUCCGUUUUGUGAUACGCGAUAUCUACAACAAAUUAGAACGACAUCAAUGCCAAUCAUCGAUCCAUGUGUAUCGAGGACAAGUUCUUUCCAACGAUGAGCUAAAAAAUCUUCGAAGUUCCAUCGGUAGUUUCCUUUCGAUUAAUUCCUUCUUUUCCACAACUACUAAACAUCAACAAGCCAUGCAAUUCAUACUCGAUUCUGAUGUUACGAACGAUUUAUAUCGAGUAUUGUUUGUAAUUGAUGCUGAUCCUUCUGCGAGCACUACAAAACCAUUCGCAGACAUUAGCUCACAUAGUGAGUUUGGUCAUGAAUCUGAAGUUCUAUUCAUGAUUGGAUCGAUUUUUCGCAUUAAAUCUAUUCGGCAAACUGACGAUCAGAUAUGGAAAAUUCAUAUGAUAUGGUGUGAUGAAAAUGAACAUGAUUUGAUAAGUCUUUUCAACUACAUGAAAGAGAGUUAUGGAGGCGGUGAUAAUGAAACUGAUCUACUCGAAUUUGGUAAAGUAUUGCGACGAAUGGGGAAGUUUGAUUUAGCCGAAAAGUUCUACCGACGAUUAUUGAUUGAACUAUCCUCAAAUGAUCCGUUAUUAUCUCGUUUGUAUUAUUCACUCGGCUUAGUACUAAAAGAUCAGAAAAAGCUAGACUCAAGUCUUGAGUAUUUACACAAGUCGCUGGAGUUGGAAGUACGAAGGCGUCCACAAAUUAAUACAACUCUGGUACAAAGGUACAAUGCCAUCGGCAAUAUUCAUCGUGUAAAAAAAGAACACGACAGAGCUCUGUUAUGGUAUAGCAAAGGAAUAGCACUCCUCGAAAAAAAUAAUGAACACGAUGACGAAAUGAUGGCCCAUUUUUACCAUAACACUGCUCUUAUCUACGAUGAUCAGGAAAAGUAUGAGCAAGCUUUGAAACUAAAUCACAAGGCAUUGACUACAAGGAAAAAAUGCUUGCCGCGCAACCAUUCUGACAUUGGUUUGUCUUACAAUAAUAUUGGUAAUAUUCAUCGUCAUAUGAGUAAUUACGACUGUGCAUUGGAACAUUUACAUCAGUCGCUUUCCAUCAGACAACAGUCAUUACCUCCUGAUCAUCCACAUAUCGCUCAAAGUUAUCAAAACAUAGGUGCCGUAUACGAAGAUAUGGGCGACUUUGCACAAGCUUUGGAAUAUUUUGAAAAAGCGGUAGCCAUCAGUCGCAAAUUAGGCAACAAUAACGAUGUAGUUCGCAUCGAAAACAUUAUUCGAGAAAUCAGACAGAAACUUAAGUAA